AUGGACGGACGAGCACUGGACGAUAUACCCACUGACACCCUGAGAGUCGUUCCGGAAGACGCUUCUGUGGACGUUCCGGUGGUGCCUGCUCCCGAUGCCGCGGCUGGUGCCGAUGAUGUGGACCCCGCCCAACCAGCGGCGCUGGAGGCGGCCACGGCUACUUCUGUGCCGCAACAACCAUCGGCUCCGUCGGCGGAACAGGCCACUGCCACGACCGAACUGAACUCAGAUGCACCGGAGAACGGUAACUUGCCUAACGGAGAAGACCACAAAAUGAACGGACCAGCAGCUGCACCCGGAAGCAGUGUCCCCGAGUCCGAAAUGCAGGCACCAGUGGAACAAUCAGCCGUCGCCAAUGACGUGGAGGAUAAACCGACGCAGCCUCAGGAAACGCAAGAGGUGGAAUCCGAGGCGACUCUGGCACCGACUCAACCUGAGCCUGAGAAGACGCAACCAUCGGCGUCUGAAUCUAACCAAACUGCAAUUGAAGAUGCUGCAGGUGAAGAGAAACCUCAAUUGCCUCAGGAACAGCCCCAAGAGCAGCCCCAGGAGCAGCCUCAAGCUGAACCUCAAGAACAAGUGAAGGAACAACUCGACAAACAACCUCAGGAACCCACGCUCACCGCUGACGAUGCUCAACAAGAGCAAACCCCUGAACAAACCCAAGCUCCGAUAGCCGAGCAACCUCAAGAACAGGUUCAGAAUCAGCCGGACUCCGUGGCCUCGGAACAGGUCACCGAGGAAGCCUCGGAACAGCCUCAGAAUACGGAAGCGAAACUGGAACAAUCUGCUGCUGUUGAAGAUGUGCCCCAAGAGCAACCUGAAUUGACACCGACGGCUCCGGCAACCCAAUCGGAGCCUGCCUCUUCGGCACCUCAAGAACCGGCAGCUAUUGCGACCGACGAACCUGUACAACCGACCCCAACAAACCAACCAGAACAAACCUUAGCUCAAGAUGUCCCGCAACCCGAAAUUAAGGCUGAUCCGACGCCUGCGGCAAGCUUACAAUCUCAAUCUGUUGAGACUACGCAACCUGUUAAGCAAGAAGCUCAACCGAGUGCGCCGUCACAUAUUGAAGCUGCUCCCGAAGUGAAGCAAGAACAGCCACAACCCACCGAAAAUGUUGACUUGGCCAACUUCGCCACUGGGGGUAGACUGCGUCGUGCGGCCACAAAGAAUGUUACAUACGGGACGGGUGAUCUGUCUCUGCUGGAGGAAGAGUUUUCUGAAGUUGAACCUGAUAACGAUGAUGAUGACGACUACAUUCAAGACGACCACGGUGACCCCGAAGAAGACGACGGUGGUGUUGGUCCUAUUUUGUCGAAGAAUGAAAUCUCAAACGAACCUGCAUACGUUCUUCCUGACGACUACUUCAUUCCUGACAAUUCUGCUAUUGAGAAGUUGGGGACUGUUGUAAGUGUUGUGGAAGGACUGGUGGUUAUUAAGGCUUCAAUUUCGGGUGAGUUCCGCGUCUUGAAGGAGCGCCUGGUGCUUUGUUUCGAGGAUCGGACGCUUAUAGGGCCUCUCUUUGAAACCUUUGGUCGUCUUCAACAUCCUUUAUACCGUGUCAAGUUCAACUCCCCUGAAGAGCUUCUACCUUUUAUGGACAAAAAGGGCAAGGACGUUUACUACGUGGUCUCGGAUCUGGAAUGGGUUCAAACCGACGGUCUCAAGAUUAAAGGUACCGAUGCCCUGAAUUGCAAUGAUGAAGAACUUCCUCCCGAAGAACAAGAAUUCAGUGACGACGAACUUGAAGCGGAAGCGCGUCGGAAUAGAAAGAACAAGAAGAGAAAGCAAGGCAAGGUACCGGAUUUGGUACCUCCUCCCCAAAAGCGUUUCCAACCUAUGGGUUAUGGCUACGCCCAGCAACAGAUGCCCCAGCACCCGCAAGCUCAAGCUCAGGUGCAAGCGCAAGCUCAGGCUCAGGCUCAAGCUCAAGCUCAAGCUCAAGCCCAGGCUCAACAAUACUACGCGAAGCCUCCUCAGCAAUGGCAACAACAACAACCCCAACAGCAAUACUACGGUAUGCCCUAUCAACAAGGGUAUCCUCAACAGCCUCAAGCCUACCCUCAACAACAACCACAACAGCCGCAGCAAUACUACGGUAACCAACGGGCGCCUUACAAUUACUACCCUCAACCCCAAGCCGCUCAGCAGCAAUACUACGGUAUCCCUCAACCAACAAUGCAGGGAGCAUACGCUAAUCCCAUGGCUCAACAGAUGUCGCCAGAGCAAAUGCAGCAAUACCAAUUGCACUUACAGCAACAGCAGCUACAACAACAGCAGCUACAACAACAACAGCAACAACAUCAACAACCACACAUUCAUCAACAACAUCCUCAACAUCCUCAACAACAUCAACCGCCUCAUCUGCAGGGAUACUAUCCUCCCCGUUAA